CCUCCAUCGUUUUAACAUCAACAGACUUUCGGAACAAGCAGUGCUAGUGCGGGCUUUGGCUGAGGCAAACGAAUAAAAAAUAACAUUUUGGUUUUCUGGACUUCGUUUCAAGAUCAGUUCAAAGCAAAGUGCGAUCGAAAAAGGAUCUAGUGAAAGAUAGCAGUGCGUCUGGAUUUUGGAACACUCACGUGCAAACAGGCAGCAGUGAUUUUAUGGCAACAGUAGUGAGAAGCAUGGCUCUGGGACAAAAUAUUCACAAUAUUUUGCCGAAUAAUUGUAUUCUAUUGCAACAAAAACCGACGAAUCAUCAGGGAAAACGACCGAUUGCUCCAGCCCCGAUGAUGGUGACCAGUCUUCCGCAGGCCGUCGGUCUCAAGACCAAGAUAAGUGCAUCGAAAAAGUUUGCCUAUUGUGGGCUUCCGUAUCCUCAGACUCCCCAGCAAACGGUGUCGGUUCAACGCCGAAACGCUCGGGAGCGAAACCGUGUCAAGCAGGUCAACAACGGAUUUGCUAACCUACGACAACAUAUUCCCGGCACGGUUGUGACCGCUUUAACAAAUGGAGGUCGUGGUGCCAGUAAAAAAUUAAGCAAAGUGGAUACCCUUCGCAUAGCAGUCGAGUACAUUCGCAACCUGCAGCGUAUGCUGGAUGAAAACAGUGAAAAUACCAGCCAGAAGAGUUUGAAUCAGGUCUCUUCCUCCAGUUCCUAUUACGGCACUAUGUCGGAACCUUCAACCGCUUCAUCACCCGCUCCGUCACACUUAUCGGAGAGUUCGACUUCCGGAACGAUUAUCUACAGUCAGAUGGGUGGAACUACAUUCAAACAUGAACCCUACGACAUUUAUGUUGAUCCAUCAACUUCGCCAGCUCCGUCCUACACCUCCGAGACUUCCAUUCAGCAACAUCAUCUACCACCUCAGCAGCACCAUCAGAUCAUUAUCCCCGGAAUGACUAGUCUAAGUCCCAGUGGCAACAACAAUUAUAUUCACGCAGUCGGUAGCCAACCGGUGGUGUACAAAACGGAACUGUAUCCAAAUCCUUACGCGGAGGAGAUGAGCCCUCAGAACCCCGAAGAUGAAGAGCUUCUCGAUGCCAUCUCCUGGUGGCAGCAGCAGUAAUUUCAUCUUGUUUUUUGCGACAAUCGCCUUGAGAGCAAGCCAAAAAAAAACUUCUUCGUACGACUUGUGUGUCGAACGAAAAUUCCGGAUGGCCGUAUCGAAAGUGCUCUACAGCAUUGGCAGUCGCGAUGUCUGGAACUUCAGCCUGGAAAGCUAAGUCUCGAACUCCAGCCGCACGCCGCUGGCCAUUGGUGGCAUCCGGGAAACAAACAGACUGUACUACAACUAACUAUCUAGUAAAAUGGCUAAGGUUAGCAAGUCCUACUACUGUAUACUGCCAAUUGUUAGUCUUUAGCAUAUGAGAUCAACAAAAAAAAACGCACACAUGUGAAAUCUAGUCAAACUCCCAUCGGUAGUGGGACGGUGAGUCAAAGUGGUAAUCCAAGUAAAUAUGUAAUCUGUAAUCGUUUAGCUUGUGCCUUAAGAAACAUUGUUAGUAGCAAUUAGGAGUUUGUAUGAGGUAUGCUUUGCGAGAAACAGAAUUUGUUAGGCGACAGCACAACCAGUGACUUUUAUGUACGUUAAGUUUAAACCUAGUUUAGGGAAAGUUAAGUAUAAGAAACGUUUAAGUUGUAUACAAAUUUUGAAAAUUAUUUCCGGCCUGGAAAAAACAAUAAACUGAAACAAUAAAUUUAAA